AUGAUAUUUUUUUCCGCCAUCGAUUUCUUCUACGUCGCCUUCAUUGCUACCCUCCUCGUUUUGUCUGUUUUCUCUAUUUGCUUCAUACUACUCCUCCGUUUCAAAUCCAGGAGCUCCCGUCAUUUGCAGAACUUCAACUCUCUCUGGACCGUCCGAUUCCUUUUUGUCAUCUUCAUCAUCUUGUGGUCCCUCACCGAAGUGCUACGCCUGCCCUCCUUUCGCAGGUUUUAUUUGUAUCCUCUCUUCCCAAGGCUAACGCUGCCCCAGCAAGCUAAUUUCUGCAAACUCCACCUGGUUCUCUCCUUGGGCUUCUUCGAGCCUGGGUUCCUAAUCAUCCUACUCUUCUUGCUGGAUGUCUCCGUCAAGAAGACAACCCACAAAAGCUUCUUCAGCGUUUUCUACGUCUUCGCCUCUUGCCUUCCCCUUUUCCUUUUACAGGUUUACUUUGUCUUCCUCGGUGGUUUCAAGGUACGUCUCCCCCAACCUUUUCAUCGGACUUGGUUCAUCCCCGACAUGGACCACGGCAAUGAAGCCUUGGUUUUCUGUGACUACCCUUUGCUAAGCACCAUUUUAUUUGGCCUUUUUGGGGUUAUUUUUAUUUUGUGCUUCUUGUUAUCAUUCUGGAAAGUUGUGUCUCAAGUAAUCAACAAGGCCCUCAAGCUCCGUAUCUUUGCCCUUGCUUUAACCAUCCUGAUUGGCUUGCCAUUGCAAGUUCUGCUGAUGGGAAUGUCUGCGUUUUGGAGGCCAGACAAGCCCACCUACAAUGGAAUUGCUGUAACCGUGUUCCUUAUCACCUUCACCUUCGCAGCGGUCGGCGAGGGCAUUUUGGUCAUUAAACCGAUAGCCGACUCGUUAGCUGCCGCUGUCGCACUAGUAGAGCAACAACCUUUACGGGAGAAUGGUCAAGGUGAUGAUGAAAGCUCGUCACCACCACCGCCUGCGGAGGAUGGUCUCACUGCUACCAAGUGCGAUGCCUGA